AUGGAAACGAUCCGCCUCGCUAAUUUCCACUGCGUGUAUAUAAACGUUAGGUUUGUUGCGACCACGCGCAGAGAGUGUCAGCGUUCACGAGGUGUGUUUCACCGGUAUGCCGUUGCUCUGUUGGUGUUGUUCAUGUUGCUGCGACUGCCUGCAGAAUCAAAGAAGGUGGUAAUCCAUAUUCCCUACAGAGUGAACAACGUGAAGCACACGCACACAGUCUACAAAAUAAUACCUCACUAUCACGAGGAAAAGUCGGACGAUGUAGAAGAGGACGAGAAAUAUGAGAAUUAUUAG